AUGGUUCUCGUUCUAGUUAUUGGAGACUUGCACAUACCUCAUAGAGUGCACGACCUUCCCGCAAAGUUCAAGAAAUUGCUUGUGCCGGGUAAGAUACAGCAAAUAUUGUGCACCGGCAACGUCUGUGACCGCGAGACAUACGAGUACCUGCGCACCAUAGCCGCAGAUGUGCACGUAGUACGCGGAGACUAUGACGAGUCUGCUGCCUUUCCCUUGUCGAUGACCGUCAACCACUCGCCUAUACGUAUCGGUGUUGUCCACGGGCAUCAGUGCAUACCUACGGGAGACCUUGACUCCCUUGGCUCGAUCGCGCGACAGUUGGACGUCGAUGUACUCAUUUCGGGCCACACACAUACCUUCCAGGCCAUCGAGCGCGACGGCAGGUUCUUCUUGAACCCUGGCUCAGCUACUGGCGCAUGGACUGGCGCGUUCAACGGGGACCCGAUACCAUCGUUCGCCUUGAUGGAUAUCCAAGGACCGGUUGUGGUGACGUACGUAUACCAGUUGAUUGAAGGGGAAGUGCGGGUCGAGAAGGUCGAAUACCGAAAGGACGCGGAGGCUUUCGUGAUCAAGGACACGGCGCCGAAGAGCUCGGCUAUGCCGCAGGAUAUCCCGGGUGCCGCUGUCGGACAGGGUGUGUGGUAG